AUGAAUAUUACCUACAGCAUAAGCAAUUUGACUAACAACACGAGCGAUGUAUCUAGCGGACCCGAGGACACGGGUUGGAUUAAUGGACUGCAUCCAUUUUGGGAGAAGAUAUUUUAUAUCAGCGUAGUCACAGUAGGCGUUAUUGGGAACACACUUGUAAUUGUUGUGUUUUGCUCUGUGAAGAAUUUGAGAUGCCUGACAAAUAUAUUCAUCGUGAGCUUAGCCGCAACUGACCUAUUCACAUGUGUUGUUAUGAUACCUCUAAAGCUAACGGGCGGAUGGAUAAUCUCAGGUGUGAUUGGAGACAUGCUUUGUAGAUUAAUCUUCUCUGAAUUUCCAUUAUGGACGGCGUGCAACGCUUCUGUGGGACACCUCACAGCCAUUACACUGGAACGAUACUGGGCCAUUAUAUAUCCCUUCAAAUACGAAUCUACCUUCAACAGAAAAACAGUAGCGUUAACUAUUUUAACAAUUUGGAUGAUUGCAAUAAUUUUAAAUUCUUACUUCUUAUACGUGUUUCACGUCUCACCGGAUGAAGUGUGUAUUCUAGAGUGGCCUUCAGUGGCUCUGCAGCGUGUGGUUGGAAUAAGUUGUUUUAUCGUUACCUUGAUCAUCCCCACGACCGCUAUGCUAUUCGCGUACCUACGUAUCAUACGAAGUUUAAGAAUUGAUGCCAGGGAAAUACAAUCAAUCUUUGGCAAUGGCAGCCCGGGGAUGGAAAAACUCACAGCACGGAGGAACGUUAUUAGAAUGUUGUGUAUUGUUGUGAUAUCGUUUUCUAUUUGUUAUAUUCCUAACCAAACUAUUUUCUUAAUUUACAACCUUGGCGUUGCUGUAGAUUUCAAUGGCGUAUAUUAUAACAUAACAGUCUGUCUUGUGGUGAGCAAUUCAUGUAUGAAUCCUAUAAUAUAUGCUUUUCGUAACAGUAGUUUUAGAAAAGACAAUGUUCACACAAAACUUGGCAUUACAAUUCGGAAAAAUAAUGUGGAUGCAAUUUCUAAAUAUCAUAAAGAUAUAUUUAAUGAUAUUCGUACCAUCAAGGAAAAGCUGGGCAUAUGUAAUACUGCGGAAACUGCCCCUGUUAGUACCGGAUCAGAUAAAAUGGAUAGUAAACAGGAUGGUUUUAUUAUUAAGUUGAUAGCACCUGUGAUUGAAGCUCAUAACGGAAAUACUGUGAUUGCAGUCAAUUAUGGUGAUCAUAAUGAUUAUGUAAGCAUGAGUGACAAUAACACUACGAUUGAUGAUUAUGUAACACAACACAGCAGUCGACAAAGACGAAGAAAUAGUAGUUAUGCCGAGGCGGUAAUUAAUGGAUCGACAAAUUGGCUGGCGGCACCCAAGCAAACAAAAUCACACUCGGCCCAUCCUCAACGUGUGUUAAGCCACUAUUUUGGUAUUUGCCACUAUUUUGGUACCGUGUCAAUAAUGAGCAGCCUAGGAGGUGGCAGUAAAGCCUAUUGA